AUGGCGAGCGCAUGGCGCGGCGAGCAAAGGUAUAACCGCGAGCGAGAGGGAGAGCAGCAAGCCACAUCAAGGCUUCUGUCCACACACUCAUCUAGAUCCAUCCUCUCGCUGCCGAACAUCGCAUCACCGCCGCAAUACCAGAGCUCCUCCCCUGCGCAUGCGCGAGUGGAGGCGGCGCGCGAGCUCUGCUAUGGGCGGCAGGAUCCCUGGCCCCAGGGCCAGCCAGUGCGGGCAACAGGAACUUGUCCCAAACAGGAGAUGCGAGAAGUGGAGCUAGGUGCGGACGCGGACGCCGCCGCGUAUGGGCUCGGCUCAUGCCGGUGGGAGGCAUGGGAACGCCGCAGAUCCACGCGGGUGGCACAAGCUCGUCCUCGUCGACGUGGUGGACGAAGGCGUUGCCCGACUGCUGGUGCUGCGGAGAAGGUGUGCUACGCGGUGGUCGAAGAUGAGGGUCGAUGUGUGUUCAGCGGCAUGGAGGACGACGAAGGGCGGGGCAUGGCCGAAGGUGCGGUGGAGGGGCUAGAGCGCGCUCACGAGGAGGUGUCGAGGCGACAGCAUUGA